AUGUUUAGAUUUGCCCAACAAUCUCAGCCAUUGAAGGGCAAACUUCCAAACCAAUUCAUUCCAAACACGGGAAAACAUUCGUAUAACCCACAUAUGGUUAGAUUCAACUCGCCAAUGUCUAUGGAGGCCCAACAAAAUGUCGUGCCACCUCCCCAACAACAAUAUUCAAUGAAUAUGAACCAUAACGAUUCGGAAGAAAUGCAAUUCCAGAUGAAUCAAAUGACCAAUAUGAACAUGGGCAGAAUCCAAAUGAGUAACCAACAACAACAGCAACAUCAACAUCGUGAACCUAUGCAUUAUAAUAAUAAUAAUAAUAAUAAUCGCAAUGGGAAUUCACAAGCUUCAAAUAGAAACAGUUACGGCGGUCCUCAGAAGAAUGGGGGCAGAAAUAACCGUCCUUACACUAAUGGAAGUAACAACAACAGUAGCAGCAGCAUUCAAAGCAAUUCCUCCUACAACUCAAUGAACAAUGGUAAGCAGAGACAAUAUAACAAGGGUAACAACAAUAACAAAGGUAAUAACAAGAACAACACAAUCAGUCCAGAUUCCCCAUGGUACCAAAAAGUUACCGCGUUUGAAGAAUGUGUCUCCCAAACUUUAUACAUGUCUCAAACACCAAGACGUAAGAAUAUCAAGCAUCGUUCCGAACAUCCAAACUCAAACGCAAACCCAAUGUUUUGGGAUUCUAUCGGUAGAGCCAUGGGCUUGUACCAUGAUUUAAUUGAUACGCCUGAGUUGAACUCGGAUAGAGUCUCCAAGUUGGUCCAUUUGCUACAUAAUGGACUAAGAGCCAAUAGAAACCAAUUGACUAGAAUGAACAAGAAGCCUGAUUACGAUUCUCAAUCCUUCCAUAAAGAAAUGACUAACUAUUUGUGUAAGUCUCUGAGAGAAAUCUCCGAAGACGUUCUGAAUAGUAAGGUCGAAUUGAAUGAAUAUGGUGCAAUGCAUCUAAUCACUGCAUUCAAAGAACUGUUAUUAUUCGAAGAAGCAGUCGAGAUCUGGAAAAGUGCCAUUAAUGGAAUUAAUAGUUACACUUCCAACAUCUUCUUAAACCCAAGAGUCGUCGGUGUUAUCUUACCAAUCUUAUACGAUAAUGGUGUCUCAUACCCUGAAAUUCAACAACUGUAUGAAAAAUCUUCAUCAAUGAUUAAUUAUUUCCAUCCAAACUUAUCCGUUGGUAUGAUCAGAGCAUCUCUAUCUGCCAAUGAAAAUGAAAUGGCUUUGAAAUUGUUCCAAAAGUUAUGUCAAGAAUCCACAGAGAUGAAGUAUGGUUAUUUAAUCGAAACUCAUUUGUCCUUUAUUGGUGAAUGUAAAGAUUUGAACGUCGCUCAAACUUUCUUUGAUAAAGCUUUGAAUGAUGAAAUGCCAUACAAGAUUGAUUUACAAGUAUCAUACGUUAAAUCAUUUUUAAGAAACAUUUGGACUCAAACUCAUGAUUUCAACCAUAUUUAUCAAAUUUGGUAUAAAUCUUCUUUACAUUAUGGUAGACACGUUAACCACGGUAUUUCAUCAUCUUUAAAUGACACUUUCUUCGAUAUCUUCUUCGAAAAUUUUGCUCACAAUAAACAACAAGGGUUCAUGACUUUACAAAACUUAAUUGAUACCUACAAGAACAUUAAGAACAUUGAUGAACCAUUCUUCAAUAUCAUUUUAGCUAAGUGCACCAUCUGGCACGAUAGAGAAAUCUUGGAAUAUAUCGAUAAGAGUUACGAAUUAUUCAAUAUUCCAAAGACAAUCGUUGCUUACAGAAUCCUAUUAAAAUCCAUGGGUUCCGUUGAUGAUACUUCCAAUGAAGAAAUCUUACAAAGAUGGAUUGAUUUAAUCAAGAAGUCCGAUGAAAUUGGUCAAAAAUUUAUUGCCAAUGCUGAUUGGGCUGCCUUGAGAGAUGCUACUGUCACAUGGACUCAAUCUCAUAGAGAUAACGGUGUUCCUUUAACUCAAAACUCCAUCAAUGAAUCUAAGGCAAGUUCUGUCGCUCCCACCCGUUCUGGUACACCAACUCCAAAGAAUAACAUGGAGUCGGUUAACGUUGGUGAUGUUGACUUUUACUCCCAUCCGGCUUUCCAAGCAUUGAAUGCUUCUGGUGCCUUUGAUGAAUUUACAAACUAUAAUGCUUCAACUCCAUCUACUACCGUGGCUUCCAGUCCAGGUGCAACUCAUGAAGAACCUUUAUUAAAGACCGUUUCUCAUGAGGAGGAAGGUGCUGCUGUUGACAGCAGAAUGAUCCUUUACCUGAAGAUUGUUAAACGUUACUCUCCUUAUUGUCGUGAUUCAAGACAAUUAGCAAGACUAACUACAGGUACUGCUGUGAAGUAUUCGGUCCUACAAGAAGUAUUAAACCAAUUCCAAUCAUUGGAUGCCGAUAGUAUCACUGUUCCAAAAUUGGCCAAUUUAAAACCAUCAUGUGCCUGA